CGCAAGCAUCUUGUGAGCUGGACAUGCCCAAGUCCAUUUUCAAGUGUAAAGUAACUAUUUUGAUACAUACACGCAAGUUAAACGCCAGGAUACCUCCAUAUCAUACAGAGAGCUAGGCUUAAAUCAUUCUCUAUAAGUUCUUACCUUUAGCGAUGCCUGCUGGCUAAGCUGUUGAGAGGCAGCGGGCUCAAAUCGUGUUGCUAGAUAACACCAACGGCCCUUCCGGUGGAGGGUACUACUGUCCAUCAUGGUGCAGGUGUACAGAGAACCCUUAUGCAGGAGAUAUUAUGGCAACUUCAUUGGUGAAGCGAUGUGGUUUCGUGUUGUGGCCUAUUUGGCGGCUAUCGUGUUGGCGGCAGUCAUAGCGUACGCGACGGGAGGCGCUUGGGUCCGCCUUAAGCCCACAAACGUGCAAGCAACAGUCCACUAUACACAGGAUGCCCUGCUGGUGUUUGAGGGUCAACAAAGUGGGCAGGUCCUGGUGUGGAGCACAUCAGAGACAACAAACUCAGUCUUUUCCAAUAAUUUCACCCCCGCCAGCGUCCAGGUUGUAGAGGAAGAUUUGAACAAUGACGGCAAACCAGACACCAUUGACUUUUGGGCAUCAGUUGCAAGCAACUUUCCAAUACAUAGCGUCAAGGCGCUAUUGCAAUUCAAUUACUCGUUAACAGGGAGUCUGCAGUUGGACAUGUCAUGCCUGGCAUACUUGACCCACAGCUCGUCCAUUCAGGGUUCCACUCUGUUCACCGACGGCGAGCUGGUGCUACAAGCAAAAAAUCAGAUUAGAGACCGGCGGUUUAACUCGGUUUACAACGUGCCAAUUUUAAACUCGACGGCGCCGAACGUCCAAACGGCAGUGCAGGGUGGUACACGAAAAGGAUUUGAGCUACGGAUGCGGAUCCGAAUACCAGCCAAUCAGAUUAUUUAUUACAGGCCGCAAACCAUAGAAAUGCUGAAGUUUGCAUGGAUCCAGUGGCUGGCUACCUUCAUUGUUUUGUGGUAUCUUCUGCAGUGGGUUGAAUGGUUUGUGUUCAGUUUCCAUCUGGUGGAGACCCGUAUUGUAUCGGACUUCCAACCGCGAAAGCAGAGGUUCUGA